AUGGGUGUGGAUAAUCUUCAAUAUGGUUUGGGUACAAGUAAGAUAGCUGGUUGUGAAAGAUUUGUUUUUAAUAUCGCCUAUAGAAUAAUUCCUGUCUAUGUUGAUGCCACUCUUUGGUAAUUUUAUAGUAAUUAUUUUACAAUUAAUGCAUAAAAAGUAGGAUCCUAACAACAUGUGAUAGAAAUUCAAAUCAUGCAAUUCUUGUUGUUGGUGUUUCAUCUGAUGGAGUUUGGAAGAUCAGAAUCUCAUGGGGAGCUGUUUGGGGUUCAGCUGGCCACAUUAUACUUUUAUAAGGUGAUACUUGUGGCAUUUGUGUUUUGCCAUAAUAAGUUUACUUUCGAUAAAAAUUUAAUAAUUUUCUAUAAACGCAUCUGUUUUGUUAAUUUGAUUGACUCCAGAUCUGCUUAAGAAAAAUAAAUGAAUAUUAGAAAAAGCCAGCUAAAUUAUUUGUUGGUGCUAUUAAGUGAAGAAAAUAAAUUUUUGACAUUAUUAUAGCUUUAAUCUUGA